UUUUUAUGUGGCGCAUCCAGUUACCCAGGAAAGAGGAAACCUCGGAGAGAGGGGAGGAUUGAGUUGGAGACGAACGAACCCAUUGAACAUACCAAAAGGAAAAGGUGUUGAGAAUUCGCAAUCAGAUGCAUUGAGCCGUAAAGAGAGAUGUUUUGCAGAAACGUCUCGGUGAGGCGGAAGAAGAAAUCUGGUUCUGUCCCGGUUUAUCUCAAUGUCUACGACCUCACCCCUAUGAAUGUUUACGGUUAUUGGCUCGGUAUCGGGAUCUAUCACUCUGGUCUUGAAGUUCAUGGGGUUGAGUAUGGAUACGGGGCACACGAGAAAUCUAGCUCGGGAAUUUUUGAAGUUGAGCCAAAGAAGUGUCCUGGUUUCACAUUCAGGAAAUCGAUUCUUGUGGGUGAAACAGAGAUGAGGGCCAAAGAAGUUAGAACCUUUAUGGAGAAAUUAGCAGAAGAGUAUCAGGGAAACAAGUACAAUCUCAUCACAAGGAACUGCAACCAUUUCUGCAACCAUGUUUGUUUAAAACUGACUCAGAAAUCUAUCCCUAGUUGGGUCAACCGUCUUGCUCGAAUAGGUUUCCUAUGCAACUGUGUGUUGCCGGCUUGCUUGAACGAGACUAAAGUGAAGCGGGUAGGAAGAGACGGGAAGCUCGUGGAAGGGGAAAAUACAAAGAAGAAAAAGAAGAAGGCGAGAAGCAGAUCAGGUCCUUUAUCAUCCUCUUGUUCUAUUUCAAGAUUAGAUAAUAAGCCUUCACAUAACAGAUCAAUAUCAACGGGAAAUCCUCCUCUUUCUUCUUCUUCUCCAUCUUGUCCGGUGAGACAUCGAGUUCCUUCUGUUGCAUCUGGAGCUAAAGAUCAGAAGCCUUUAAGCGUAAGCGUCAAGACCAUCUUUCUUCGUCUGUUCCUUCCGAAGUACAAAAGAACGUGUUCUGCUUUGAUGAAUCUUAAUGAAGGUGAUGCCCUCGUAGAUUCCAUCAAAGAAAAGUUAGAUUCUUUGUCUUCUCUUUUAAGACCAUGCUGUAUAUACAAGGUACCUAAUAAGCUCCGCAGACUCAAUCCUGAUGCAUAUACGCCUCGGCUUGUGUCCUUUGGCCCUUUUCAUCGUGGUAAAGAAGAGCUUCAAGCCAUGGAAGAGCAUAAACACAGGUAUUUGCGGAGUUUUAUCUCUAGAACAAACUCUAGUCUAGAAGAUAUUGUUAGAGUUGGUAGGAGUUGGGAACAAAAUGCUCGCAGCUGUUACGCAGAAGAUGUGAAACUUAAUAGUGAUGAGUUUGUUGAGAUGUUAGUUGUAGAUGGUAGCUUCUUAGUUGAACUUCUUUUAAGGUCUCAUUAUCCUCGGCUUAGAGGGGAGAAAGAUCGCAUAUUUGGGAAUUUAAUGAUGAUCACUGACGUGUGUCGUGACAUGAUUUUGAUCGAAAAUCAGCUACCCUUUUUUGUUGUUAAGGAGAUUUUUCUUCUUUUGUUUAUUUACUACCAACAAGGAACACCUUCAAUCAUACAGCUAGCGCAACGCCACUUCCGUUGCUCCUUGAGUCGCAUUGAUGAUAACAAGAUUAUUUCAGAGCCAGAACAUUUUGUUGAUCUUCUGAGGUCUUGUUUUGUGCCACUGGUUCCAAUCAGAUUGGAAGAAUGCACAUUGAAAGUGCACAAUGCACCUGAAACAACAGAGCUUCACACUGCUGGUGUUAGCUUCAAGCCAGCAGAGACCAGUAGUUGUUUACUUGACAUUAGCUUUGCUGAUGGAGUACUGAAGAUUCCUACCAUUGUUAUAGAUGAUCUCACGGAAUCCCUAUACAGAAACAUCAUUGUGUUUGAACAAUGUCAUUGCUCAGAUAAGAGCUUCAUUCACUAUACUACGCUGCUUGGUUGCUUCAUUAAAUCCCCUACUGAUGCUGACUUGCUCAUCCGCAGUGGGAUCAUUGUGAACGAUCUUGGGAACUCAGAAGAUGUUUCAAAGUUGUUCAAUAGCAUCAGCAAAGAGGUUACCUAUGACAGAAGAUUCUACUUUUCGACACUUUCUGAGAACCUACAAGCUUACUGCAACACACCAUUGAACAGGUGGAAGGCAAUUCUGAGACGUGACUACUUCCACAAUCCUUGGUCAGUUGCUUCUGUUUUGGCUGCUUCAAUUCUUCUCCUUCUCACUUUUAUACAGACUGUAUGCUCUAUCUUGGCUCUAUGAUCCUUUUGGGACAUCGCUUUAUCAAUAAAACUAAACA